AUGAUUAAUACCGGUAAAGGUAAGAUACCCCAAGAAGAAAUUAUACCUUUAAAAACAGAUGUUGGUGCCUUAGGUAACAGAAUAAAUAAAGAUACUAGAUCUUUACAUAAUAAGAUCGAUAAGCAAAUGACUUUAAAAUUCGCUUUAGCUUUAAGAGACUAUAAAAUCUAUAGACAAGGAUUACAAAGUUUCUAUCACGUGUUUAAGGCUAUUGAAAAAUCUUUAGAAAGAGAAUUAGCUAAAUCUGAUGAUGAUAAAAUCACUUAUAUCUUAAGAAAUAUUUGGAAACCUGCUAUGGCCAGAUCUGAACCUGCUGAAAAAGAUUUGUUAUUUUACUAUGAUGAUCAUAAAGAGAAAUUUAUGACCCCAAUGAUGUCAGAACAAAUCAAAUUUUCUAAUCAUAUUGAAUCUGUUACCACUGAAAAGCCUUACUUGUUAUUAGCAUAUUUACAUGUUAUGUACUUAGCUUUAUUUGCUGGAGGUAGAAUCAUGAGAUCCUCAUUAUCUAAAGCUACAGGUAUGUUCCCUCAAAAACCAGGAUAUUCUCAUGAAGAAAUCGUUAAAAUGGGAUCGAACUUCUUUACUUUCCCUGUUGAAGAUGAAGAUUUCUUCAGAAUCUUAUAUAAAAGAGAUUAUGAAUUGUUCACCAGAAAUGAACUUACAGAAGAACAAAAAUUGGAAAUUAUUGAAGAAAGUAAAUAUAUCUUCCAACAAAAUGCCAAUUGUGUUUCAGAAUUGGAGAAACAUAACAUGGCUAGAAUAAGGCAAAAAUGGAGUUAUAUAGCUGUUACCAAAGGAUAUUAUGUGGUGAUGGCUGUAACGAUAAUGAUGGUGUUAUUUUAUGUCAGAAAGAUUUUUAUGUAUUUAGUAUAA